UAAAACUUAAAUGGAUACAGCCACCAAAAAAGUUACUAGAAAACGUAAAGCCUUAGACGAUGGUGAAAUUGAAAACGAUAUUUGUAGGAUAAAUGCAAAAAAAAAAACAGCUAAAGUUACUAAGCCUAGAUCGGCGAAAUCUACCAGUACAAUCAAGAAAAACAGUGUUACAGACAAUAUGGCUGGCUGUAUUAGUUCCAUUGAAAAUGAUGAUGAUGAUGAUGAUACUGUGACUUUAACAGAUAUGUGGAAUGAGGCAGAAGUACUAUCACAGAUGGUAAAAGUUUCACAAAAUGUUGCUCAGAACUUUAUUGCUUUAUUGACUGAAGGAUGCACUUUGCCGUUCAUUGCGCGAUAUCGUAAGACGGCUGUAGACCAAAUGAUGCCUGAUAGGCUACUAGAAUUGUAUGAAAGCUACCAGAUUAUAGCACAGUUAAAAAAGAAAGUGAAGUCUGUUAUAGGAACACUAAAAAAGAACAAAAAGCUGACACCAGAUAUUGAAAAAAGUAUUCUGAAUGCUCGCAACCUGUCAGAACUGGAUUUGGUGUAUGCACCACUGAAAUCUCAUUCCCUGUCCCUGGCAGAAAGAGCAAGAAACCUUGGUCUAGAGCCAUAUGCCAUCAGAUCUCUGAAUGGGGAACAUAUUGACUUAAAAACCCUGUGCACUGAUGAUGAUGAACUGUCUUUAGUUGAUAAAGUUGAGGAUCACAUCACUCAUAUAAUAGCUGAUAUUAUUUACAAAGAUACCAAGGUUUUAGAGCAAAUGAGAAGUCUAAAAGAAGAAACAAGAUUUACAAUACACAGCAGUAGAACAAAACGUUCAACAAAGGAAAAGAAAGAAGACGGCAGCAAAAAGACUGAUUCCAAAUCAGAUCCAGAGACAUACAAACUGUAUUUCGAUUGGAAAUGUCCAGUUCAAUUUGUGAAACCUCACCAAACUUUGGCCUUGAAUAGAGGUGAAGAUGAAAAGAUUCUUUCAGUUAAAGUUGUUAUUCCAGAUUGGUUUUAUAAUAGACUAGAAAGAUUUUGUCACUCAUUAUGGAAAAGCAACUUUUGGGUCCACAAAGGUCUUGGUGACGCGUACAAUCGUCUAAUCAAACCCUGGUUAUCGAGGCAAGUCCGCAAUGACCUCACAAGUGCUGCACAAAAGGAAGCUGUUAAAACAUUCACUACUAACUUGGAGAAAUAUCUUUUGACUGAUCCUGUCAAAAAUCGUCGAAUAGCAGGAUUGGAUCCCGGUUUUAGGGCAGGGUGUAAAGUUGGAAUUAUUGACGCCAAUGGAGAAAAAUUGGAGGCAUGUACAAUAUAUCCAGAUUUUCGACAACAUAAACCAUAUGACGGCGCUGCAAAGCAGUUAAAAGAUCUACUUAAGAAACAUAAGGUCGAAUUAAUUGGUUUAGGUAAUGGUACUGCCUGCAGAGAAACUGACACCUGGUUGAAAUCCCAUCAAAUAUCGGAAAAUAUUCCUGUCAUUAUUGUUCCUGAACAGGGUGCAUCUAUUUACUCUAUUAGCAAAGAAGCACAAAAGGAACAUCCGAAUAUGGACCCCAAUUUAAUUUCAGCAUUGUCAAUUGCAAGAAGAGUUUUAGAUCCACUGGCAGAACUGAUAAAAGUAGAACCAAAGAAUCUCGGAGUUGGGAUGUAUCAACAUGAUAUACCACCCAAAUUUCUUGAAUCGGCACUAGAUUAUACAGUGGAAAAAGUUGUCAGCUUGGUAGGCGUCGAUAUUAAUACUGCAUCACUUGCAAUGUUGAAACGUAUAUCCGGUCUUAACGAAGGACGCGCGAAAAAAGUAAUAGCGUAUCGUCAAGAACAUAACAAAUUCAAUACUAGAGCAGAAAUAAUGAAUGUUCCAGGCAUCGGGAAAAUAACGUACCAGCAAUGUGCUGGCUUCCUUAAAGUCAUCGGAGGUUCGGAGCCUUUGGAUGCUACUAUAAUUCAUCCAGAAAGUUAUGCUGUAGCUAAAGCAUUUGCAAAAAAAAUUGGUGUCAACAUCAAAGAUCUUACACAGCCCACAUUCCCUGAACAAGUAGAACGAAAAACAGCAUCUAUAAAUCUGACAGAUAUGAGCAAAUCACUUAAUACAGAUCUUAGUACUUUAGAGCUCAUACUGAAUGCGUUUAAGCAGAAACCUCAUGAGGAUAACAUGAUUGGCUUCUGCAGACCUGUGUACUCUUUGUCGGUCCAAGUCACAGAACAGAUUAAAGAAGGAAUCACCUUAACGGGUGUGGUUCGCAACGUAGUGCCAUUCGGUUGUUACGUCGACUGCGGCGUCGGUGACAACGGACUGAUACACACGAGUCAAUUUAAUGGCAACCAAACACCAAAAUUGGGCGACAGGGUCUCUGUCACUGUUAUUGCUUCGCCCAAACCAAGGAAGCUGCAACUUAGACUAGAGAGAAUACUCGACUAAUCUCUUACCUUAAGAGUGUUACGCGAUAUUUCAAUUUAUUAUCUUAUAGGUCGAUAUCAGUUUUUCUUACACAGUAAAAUAGCCUAGUGCUGG